AUAUGUAAACAGUGGCUUUGAAUUCUUGUUGAAUUGCUAUUCUCAAACUUUUAUUUAUGCACUGAAUUUUGUUGUUCUGUGAAAUGGAGAUUGAGAAUUUUUAUUCUUGUUAGAAGAUUUUAUGGAUUUGGCCAUUUAAAGUGUGAUCUUGCCCUCUUGUGUUUCACUUUGGUAAUGAUAUGUAACAGUGGCUUUGGGUUCUUGUUGAAUAGCUAUUUUCAAAAGAAAAAAUUCCCUUGGAGAAAAUAGGAAUAUGUAUUGAAUUUGUGUGUUUUGCUAUACUAUGUAAGAUUGAGAUUAGGAAUUUUUCUUCUUGUUGGAAGAUUCUGAUGAAUUUAACCUUUUUAGCUUCCAAUUAUGCUUUGAUUCUCUCUUUUAGUUAUGGAAUCUCUAUGGGGAAUAAGGUUCUUUUUUGGUGAAUUUGGCCUUUUAGCUCCCAAUUAUGCUUUUGUUUCUCUCUUCUGUGACAAAAGCUGUGAUCUUGCCCUCUUGUGUUUCACUUUGGUUAUGAUAUGCAAACAGUGGCUUUGAAUUCUUGUUGAAUAACUAUUUUAAAACAAAAAAAAUCCCAUGGAGAAAAUAGGAUUAUGUUGAAUUUGUGUCUUUUGCUAUGCUAUAUGAGAUCGAGAUUCGGAAUUUUCCUUCUUGUUAGAAGAUUGAACUUAGAUGCAACCCCACAUUGCCCCCAUAGUUAAGUCUAAAAUGGCAGUGGAGACGUCAACGAGUGGUGACAUUUCUAGCAAGAACAAUGGAAAGAUUCGUAAAAGAAUUCACAAAUCCGAGAGGGAGAAGAUGAAACGCGAGAAUUUGAACGAGCUGUUUCUUGCUCUAGCAAAUUCUUUAGAAGUAUCUGAUCAGAACAACGGCAAGGCUUCCAUGUUGGUUGCAGCCACGCGAACAGUGAAAGACAUGCUGGAUCAGAUUGAACGUCUCAGAAAAGAGAACGCCACCUUGUUGUCCGAAUCCAAAUAUGUUAAUGUUGAGACGAGCGAGCUAAAGGAUGAUAACACUGCUUUGGAGGCGGAGAUUGGUAAACUUCGGACAGAGAUCAAAUCAAAGACCAAAUUACAGCUCGACCUCAACAUGGCCCCUCCUGAAUGUCAUAACAACGAGCAUGCAUCCCACGAUCUUGAUAGUCCUUUUGUCUUUCCCGUAGUGCAACACGGUACACGAGGGCAAAUAACUCCUUCACAUCUUGCCACAUUCUGCUCGAACAUCCAAGAUCCUCCAGAGGUCGGUAUUGGACAACUCGCAUCCACGCAUAUUUCUCUAGUGAGCAAACCACACGCUCGAUAUCUCACUCCAGCCGACAAAUGGCCGUCUCAAGUUCUAGAAUACCAGUCCGAGUUAGGAAGAGCAGUUCCUCAAGGUUAUAGAAACAGCAAAUAAUGAGGAGUUAGUACUAGUGCUUUAUGUAUAUUUCGGUUUCUGGUUAGUAGAGAUGUCUUCGUGAAUUUUAGACCAUCCCGAUGCAACACAUGGCAUGUAGAACAGGGAAUUAGAAAGUCGUAUGGAAAGGUCUAUAUGUUUCUCCAUUCUCUCAUUCUGUUUCGAGAUCGAUAUGAUGAAUCAAAUUAUAUCUUUGUCAA